CGGGGAAGACACUGCCUGGGCGGAAGAGUCGGGUGAGCCGGCAAUUACAUGAAAGAGGGUGUGUGGCGUAAAAGUGGUGUCCCCGAGGAUUAGCGCAAAGACCUUUAGAACCACGGAGCGCGGAACAGCGUCAGUCCCCAAUCCCAUCCCGACUCCAUCCAGGCCUGGUGGGCGAGAACAUCCUGCUUCCGCAAUGAACUAUCGGGAGCAGCUCAUGAGCCAAGCCGUCCCGGGGCAGUUCGAUGAUGCGGACUCCUCUGAUAGUGGAAGUAUGACCAGCAUGGAAACAAGCAGAGAGGAAGAAGAUGCAUCUAAAAGUUCUCACCAGAUUUUGAAUGAGGUUGAUGAUGAAAUUCAAGAAGAGGAUUAUGAAGAUUAUGAAGAUGAUGACGAUGAUGUUGAUUGGGACUGGGAUGAUGACGUUGGGAAAAUUACUAAGGGCUCUUCAACUGGAGGGAGUAACACACAGGCCAACCGACAAACUAGCCACUUCAAUUCGGCAAAAAUGUCAACUCCAGCAGACAAGGCCUUAAGAAAAUUUGAGAAUAAAAUUAAUCUAGAUAAACUUAAUCUUGAUGAUUCUGUUAUAAAUAAAGUCACUGAAAAGACUAGGCAAAAGGAGGCAGACAUGUACCGGGUUAAAGAUAAGGCGGACAGAGCAACUGUGGAACAGGUGCUAGAUUCAAGAACUCGAAUAACUUUGUUCAAGAUGUUAAGUAGAGGAGUCAUAUCACAAAUAAAUGGUUGCAUCAGCACAGGAAAAGAAGCUAAUGUGUAUCAUGCCAGUACAACAGAUGGAGAGAACAGAGCAAUCAAGAUUUAUAAAACUUCAAUUUUGGUGUUCAAGGAUAGGGAUAAGUAUGUAAGUGGGGAAUUCAGGUUUCGUCAUGGAUAUUGUAAAGGAAACCCCAGAAAAAUGGUACAGACUUGGGCAGAAAAGUAAAUGAGAAAUUUAAUAAGGUUAAACACAGCAAAAAUAUCUUGCCCAGAACCUAUCAUGCUAAAACAUCAUGUUCUUGUCAUGAGCUUCAUUGGUAAAGAUGACAUGCCUGCUCCUCUUUUGAAAAAUGCUCAGUUAUCAGAGGCCCGGGAGUUAUAUCUUCAAGUAAUUCAGUACAUGAGAACAAUGUAUCAGGAUGCCAGACUCGUCCAUGCAGAUCUCAGUGAAUUUAACAUGCCGUACUGUAAUGGAAAUGUAUACAUUAUUGACGUGUCUCAGUCUGUGGAGCAUGAUCACCCACAUGCCUUGGAAUUCCUAAGGAAAGACUGUGCCAAUGUCAAUGAUUUUUUUUUAAAACACGGUGUUGCUGUGAUGACUGUACGGGAGCUCUUUGAAUUUAUCACAGAUCCUUCUAUCACAAAAGACAACAUGGAUGAUUACCUCUUAAAGGCCAUGGAAAUAGCAGCCCAAAGGACAGAAGAACAAAGAUCCAAUCAAGAUCAUGUGGAUGAAGAAGUAUUUAAACGAGCUUAUAUUCCUAGAACUUUGAAUGAAGUUAAAAAUUAUGAGAGGGAUUAUGGUUGCAUUGAAGGUCUCACAGCUAGUCUGCUGAUCCCCUGGCUUCCGAACCACCACAGAAUAGCCAAUGCUGCUGUAUUUUGCAAAGAACCUCUUGGAUUAAAUGAAUAUAGGUUGCUCAAAUGUGUGAUGGGGGGAGGGCAGCCGUGGAGUCAUUCGAUGUUAGUAGUGGUUAGUUCUACAGAAGAAACUUCGCGUUUUGAUGCGAGAGCUUCUCAGAUGAUAAAGAUUAUUAAGAUAACAGCUGUUAGAGAGAUAAAGGAACCAAUUGAAGAUGAAACAUUUCCUAUUGUAUAUGUGUCUGAGUAG